AUGUCAACAGAUACAUCAACUCUUGUUGUUAUUGGUAGUCUCAGUAUUCUUUCUAUUCUUCUUUUUCUUUUAUUUAAAAAUAAAAAUCAAUCGAACAAUUCUGGAGACAAUAAUCGAAAAAAUGUAAUUAUCGCAUUAAAAACUCCCGAUAUUAAAUAUCAAUUUCCGUUGGUUCACAAAGAAAAAAUAUCUCAUGAUACAUGUCGUUUCCGUUUUGAACUUCCAUCAUCGAAACAUGUACUUGGUUUACCUAUCGGCCGACAUGUUUAUUUAACAGCAUAUGUUAAUGGUGAACUAGUUAAACGACCCUAUACUCCUGUGACAUCAGAUGAUAGUCAAGGUUAUUUUGAUCUUGUUAUUAAGAUCUAUCCAGAUGGUAAAAUGACACAAUAUCUUGAUAAACUUCCAAUGAAUCAUAUUGUUGAAGUAAGUGGUCCAUCAGGAAAUCUUACUUAUAAGCAAAAUGGUCUAUUUGAUAUACGCACACGUAAACCUGAACCCAAUCUAGUGCGGCAUGCUCGUCAUAUUGGUUUAAUUGCUGGUGGUUCAGGUAUAACACCAGUGUAUCAACUAUUGAAAGCAUUAUUAAAAGAACAAGCAUCGAAUGCACAUAAUCAACAUGGUGAUAUUAAAAUUUGGCUUUUAUUUGCCAAUCAAACCGAACAAGAUAUUUUAUUACGCGAUGAUUUAGAACAAUUAGCUCAUUUGAAUGCUGAUCAAUUUAAACUAUGGUACACGAUUGACCGUGAAAGUGAACAAUGGCAUUAUUCAAAAGGCUUUAUCAAUGAAACAAUGUUGAAAGAACAUAUGCCGCCGCCAUCUGACGAUGUUUUAAUAUGCAUAUGUGGUCCACCACCGAUGGUUAAAUCUGCAUGUUUACCAAAUUUACAUAAAUUAGGUUAUGAAGAAAAUAUGAUAUAUUGCUUUUAA